AGUCCUUCUGUCAAACGUGCAAACCGGUAGGGGAGGGAUCUGUUGCAAGGUGCAACAACAGGUGUUCGAUAUGUUACCAUAUGGUUAGGUAAUUGUUACUAAAGCUGAUAAUAAAUGCACUGCAAGUUAAUUGUUGAAUGGAAUGUGGUAAAAUCGAAUGUCACGGCAAGGAUUUACGAAACUAUUUGCUAGAGAAUAUAAAAUCUUGCCAACAUGUGCCCCUCUGAUAUGGAGUCAGCUGCAGGACCAUCAAAUGAAAGUCCAACAGAACGGACAGCAAUACGCUCUUUUAUACAAGAGCAACAUGACCAGCGGACUGAGGCCACGUGGCGCUGGACAUAUGGACUGCCUCGUAGGUACUUUGUCGCACUGAUGGCUUUCCUUGGUUUCUGCAAUGUUUAUGCUCUAAGAGUCAACAUGAGUGUAGCCAUAGUGGCUAUGUCUUCCAACAGGACAUCUGUGGAUCAGAAUGGAACAAUAACAUAUAUCCAAGAGUUCCCCUGGGACAGUGAAAUGCAAGGUCUUGUACUUGGAUCUUUCUUCUAUGGCUAUAUAGUGACCCAGCUACCAGGAGGAUGGCUAGCUACACGCAUCGGUGGUAAAAGACUUUUUGGGCUUGGACUUGCUGCUACUUCAUUCAUCACUCUCUUAACUCCUGCACUUGCACGUGGAAGUGUGUACCUACUUGUUCUUGGGAGAGUUAUUGAAGGUUUGUUUGAGGGUGUGACUUAUCCAUCAAUACAUGCAGUAUGGGCACGUUGGGCUCCCCCACUGGAACGUAGCCGCCUGGCAACUAUAGCCUUUUCUGGAAGCUAUUUUGGGACUGUCAUUGCAAUGCCAGCAGCUGGAGUCCUUGCCGAUCAUGUGGGAUGGCCAUCGAUCUUCUAUGUUUUUGGUGUGGUGGGUCUAUGUUGGUGCAUUGCAUGGGGUGCCUUUGUAACUGAGACACCACAGCAGGACAGAAGGAUUACUGAUGAAGAACUUGAUUACAUUCGGUCUUCCGUUGGCCCUCAGGCCAACCACAUAAAGGUGGACAUGGUGGUACCAUGGAAGCGUUUCCUGACAUCAUUACCAGUAUGGGCAAUAAUGAUUGCCCAUUUCAGUGAAAACUGGGGUUUCUACACACUACUUACAGAACUUCCAACCUUCAUGAAAGAGCAGCUGGGUUUUGAUCUACAGUCUGCUGGUCUCCUGGGAUCACUACCAUACUUGGUCAUGGGCACUGUCGUGCAAGGUGGGGGCUGCCUCGCUGAUUGGCUGCGAGCAGGUGGUCAGCUGACAACCACACAAGUACGCAAGCUGCUCAACUGCGGUGCGUUCUCGUGCCAAACGCUUUUCCUGGUGGCUGCUGCACAUGCCACAACUCCUGCUACUGUUGUUGCCUGCCUCACUGGUGCUGUAGGAUUUGGUGGAUUUGCUUGGGCUGGAUUUAGUGUGAAUCACCUUGAUUUGGCUCCACAGUUUGCAAGCAUUUUGAUGGGAAUGAGCAAUACUGUUGCCACUUUGCCAGGGAUGAUCAGCCCACUCCUCACAGGAACCCUGGUUCAGCACAAGACACAACAAGAAUGGCAGUCAGUAUUCCACAUAGCAGCUGCUGUGUAUCUCCUUGGUGCUCUUUUUUAUGGCUUGUUUGCCUCUGGAGAACGGCAACGAUGGGCAGAAGAGCAGGAAACAAUUGCACUGUGUCCUGAUGGAGAUGAGCGUUCCCAUGCAUCGACAGAGGACUUGCCGUUUGGCACAGGGUCCUGCCAAUAAUGGAUAACAUUUGUGGGAUGGAUACAAGCUCCUGCAGCCUGCGGUUGCACACACAGUAAUCUUGUAUGGAUUAACCACACUUUCAGUUUUUCACAACUGAAGCAAAUGAAACAUGGUGUUGUUUCAUAGUUAGUAUUGCGUUAUUAUAUUUUAUUCGUGGCAUCAGAAAGCAGCCCACUGUCUGGUAUCGUGAAGAAAUACAGCUAUUAAAAGCCUAAAUACUGAUCAGUUCAAAAUAAAUAAGCUGCCUGCACAUAAUAUAGCUUCCUGAAAAAAACAAUUGAAAGAUCGUGUAGUUGAUCGUGACUUGCAAGUGAUCAAUGUUUUAAGAACUCGUGAUUUUUGUCAGAAAUGUUUCCUUCCAACAAUCUUCCAGUCACAUAUUAUCCUCCUUAAUAACAUUUAAAUUAUAAGUACAAGCUGAACCAUGGGCAGUGACAUAAUGGGUCCAGAUAAUCAUGUAUUUUUAACAUACAUUAAUCUCACACUGGAAGUCUUUCUUCAAAAUCUUUUAGAUUUAAUCCACCGGAAAUACUUGUAGAAUCUCAUUUUCUUGAAACAAUAUGUCACAUCUGUCAUGGCUAAAAAUGAAGCAAAAGGACAAUGGAGUUGGUAUGAUCAUUCAGACAUUGUCAGUUGCUAAAAUAUUGUUACAAUAAAAAUGGUCGCAGGAAAAAUAAUCACCAGUUGCCUUGUAGAUGUAAUCUGAGGUAGGAACAUUAUAAAGGACAUAACUCAUUUCCUUUCCUCUUUUGGUCCAGUCUGAGCUUGCUUUCCAUCUCCAGUGACCUCAUGUUCUGGAGGACUACAGUUCAAAUCCCUGUCAAAACAUCCAUAUGCAGGUUCUCUGUGGUUUUUCUUAAUUACUUAAGGCAAAUGUUUGGAUGUUUCCUUUGAAAAUGACACAGUCAGUCAGUUUCUCUCCAAUCCGUCUGCAGCUCAUGGUCUAGUGGCUAGCAUUGCUGCCUCUGUAUCACGGGGUCCCGUGUUCGAUUCCCAGUCAGGUUGGGGGUUUUCUCUGCCCAUGGACUGGGAGUUUGUGUUGUCCUCAUCAUUUCAUCAUCAUCAUCAUCAUCAUCAUCAUUCAUGACAAUAGCUAGAUUGGACUGUGUACAAAUUGGACUGUGUACAAAUUGGACUGUGUACAAAUUGGACUGUGUACAAAUUGGACUGUGUACAAAUUGGACUGUGUAAAAAUUGGGACUUUGUAUGGGCACUGUUGGCCAUGCAGUUGAGUGCUCCACAAACCAAUCAUCAUCAUCAUUUCUCCAAUCCAAGCUUGUGAUUCUCCUUUAAUGACCUCAACAUUGAUGGGACAUGAAAAACUCAAAUAUUCCUUCCUUCAUUCAUUCAUGAUCUGAAGAGAAAGUAUGGUUGUAUUAAAUACCUUUGACAUAACAGAACGGACAUUACACGAGUAAUUAUGGUGUGAUCCAUAGGGCCAGAGAGGGACAAAAAAUGGCUGAUUAUGGUGUGAUCCAUUUGAAUGACCAUGAAAAGAAAGGAGAUGUAAAGCAAUCAAUGGUAAUGUGAAUUGAAGCAUGCAAAGUAAUGAGAACAAACAUUGUUAGAGGAAUAGAACAGUACACAUGGAAAAAUUACAGUGGUAACAAAGUGGGAGCUGACACGUCUAUUUGUUACAUUUUAUUCUGUAAAAGAAACAGUAAGUAGGAAAUAUUUAAAAUCCUUGCAGGCAGAACUGAGUCUUAUAAUUACUGCUUCAUCUCCCUCAGAUUUCCCCAGUGACUGAGAUCUCUCUCACGAAACCAUCUUAGCAUUCAGGGAAAACUUUGAAAAUGUAAAUGAGCUGUGGCAGUCACAUAUAUAACAACAGAUGUUCUUAUUAGUGCAUUUUGUGUUCCACUGUUGCAUUUCCUCACUUAACACUGGCAUUGUGUUAAAAAGCAAGUAUUAAGCUUUCUUUUUAUUUUGAAUCUACUUUCCCUGUUUCAUUUGGCUGGAAAUCACUAAGCAUAUUAAAUUAAGAUUUCCAAGUGACAUUACCAUUUUAAAAAGGUAUUUUGUAACUCAGCUUCAGUUAUUUUCUGUUUGUUAUUAAAGAUAAAUGGCUAGAAGAAUGAAGUCCAGACUACAGUCUUGGUUUUGGCAUAAUGUGUUUUAUGCUAUACUACAAGCUCACAGGACCCAAUAAAAUGUAAAAUGCAGACAUGCAACCAAUCCCAAAUUAAUUACGUACUAACUGCUGGUAUUAAAUAGAGGCACAUCACCUCCAGAACAUCAAAGCACUGGAUCAUGUUUAUCAUUUAAGUAAAGCUUGUGAAUGCUGUAUUAUUACUUAUUUAAAUGGUUUGGUUACAAACAUUAACUUCCUUCCCUUGCAUUUGUGAACUACAUGUUACAUUAAGAGACAGCUUUUUUCAGUAAGACAGAUUUUUUUUUUUAGGUUGUUUAUCUAGUGGCCAAUUAAAUAUGGAGACUGGAGUGU